AUGCCUCUUGAGUCAGGAAAGGUGCAGUCUUUGAUCGCUAAGGUUCCAGAAGGCAAGUGGCUGAAGUUGUCGAGCAGUGCCAUCGAAAAGUGGCUCCACUUCGUUGCGGACGCAAACGAGCCAAUCAGCCACGACGAGGUGUUUUAUGCCAGCGUCGCCCGAGUGAUGUCCGAACAGAUGGGCUCAGCAGCGCCGUCGGACUUCGCGGACCCACAGAUGCGCACUUUCAUCAUCGAAGGUAUCCGCGCAAACACCACGCCGUUCCAAGACGACCCUGAGGGAUCGGAGUGGAAAGAUGUGCGGCUCACCCCUGCGCACAUCACGGCUGCUCUUAAAGUGCAAGCUCGGGCAGCAGGGUCUCAGAGCAACGGCCCGGCUGGCAGCGUUGAGCGUGGCACCGGGACCUCGCCAGAGCACCUGGCGAAGGCGAUCGAGGCGCUUGCAAAGGCAACGCAAGAGCGAGACCAGCCCAAGAAGGAAUACUUGUCUUUCAACUUGAAACAGCGCCUGGACGAGCUCGGUCUCGGGAAUCUCCCAAAAGAUAUGAUGCCCUCGGAGGAGGCUAUGAUUCGGUUGGAGAAAGCCAGUAAGAUCGACGUGACCGUCGGCGAAGGCACCUUCGAGGAGAAGCUGCGCAGCGCGGUAGAGGCGAAGAAAACGAGGAGCUUGGAGGACAGGACCGCUUUUGUGGGAUUCGCUACGUUCUAUGGACAUAUCCUGGACUGGGGCGUGAAGAUGGUCCUCACGAAGGCCAUCACCUCCACGCAGUUGCUCGCGUACCAGAUCGUACCCACCCGGGUGGCAGAAGAAUGCGGCGGCUUCAGGGUGUGCACACACUACGAUCUCUUGCUCAGACAGAAGCUCGCCCGGGAGUUGGAAAGGGACGAGCGGUCGCAGAUAGAGACGCUCCUGUGCACUCUGGACCGCGACGUGCUGGCGGACGCGAAGAACAGCGCUGAAAAGCGCGUGAAAGAGACCGCGAAGGCGGCCACGAAGACGGGCCAGGCCUCUGGCCCCCAGCCGUCGCGGCCGGCACCCGCUUCCAGCAAGGGAGGCGGCAAGGGACCCUCCAAGGGAGGCAAGCUGCCCGCCCAGCACCCCAAGGGGCGCCAGGCCCACUCUCCUGUGCGUUCGCGCAGCCCCAAGGGGAACGGUGACUGGUAUGCCAAGAAAUGGGACAACACCAAGAAGGGCGACAAGAAGUGGUGA